CGCCCCAUCCGCCGUCGUCCUACACUCAUCUGCGGUGCCCGCAGCUCUCCUCCCCAUCUUUCCCAUGGCCAUGGCGCUCCCCCUCGCCUAUGCGUCCUCCGUCGUGCAUCCUUUUGAAGCAGGAAGGCUAUCUUUCAGCACCAAGGCCACCAAGCAUAAGAAACAGAUAUAUCAGUUCCGAAACGUUACAAAGGUUCUGGCAUACUAUGGCCUAACAAACCCUCCGUAUAAACUAGAUGCAUUGGAACCAUACAUGAGCAGGAGGACGCUGGAACUGCACUGGGGCAAUAUUCAUCGAGGUUAUUCAGAUAGCUUGAAUAAGCAGCUUGCUAACAGCCCAUUGUAUGGUUGCACAAUGGAGGAGCUUAUCAAAACCACAUUCAACAAUGGCAACCCAUUACCAGAAUAUAAUAAUGCUGCCGAGGUUUGGAACCAUGAUUUCUUCUGGGAAUCAAUGCAACCUAAUGGUGGAAGGUUGCCAUGGGGAGGUGUGCUUGACCAGAUUGAAAAGGACUUUGGUUCAUUCUCUAACUUCCGAGAUGAAUUUGUACAUUCAGCUAUGAUGCUUUUCGGAUCUGGCUGGGUGUGGCUUGUCUUGAAAACCAAUGAAAGAAGACUUUUGAUAGUUAGAACAUCAAAUGCACUUUGUCCACUUGUUUGGGGUGAUAUUCCAAUCAUCAGCCUGGACAUGUGGGAGCAUGCAUAUUACUUGGACUACAAGGAUGACGUGAGCAAAUAUGUUAAUAACUUCAUGGACCAUCUUAUCUCCUGGCAUUCAGCCACAACACGUAUGGUUCGUGCUGAGGCUUUUGUAAAUCUUGGAGAGCCAAAGAUUCCAGUUGCAUGAGAAGCGAAAGUUAUAUCUUAUGGAGACAUCUUUUGGAUAUUUGACUGAGUGCAGUCUAAAGUUUUACAGGUCCAGUAUUCUGCAUCUCAGGUUUCUUUGUGCGGAGUGCUCUGAUUAUAGCUUGAGCAGAGAAAAGAUUAGAUGGAAGCAUGAAACUAGCGCACGAGGUUGAACCGCAGCCACCCAAAAUUGUUUAAGAGAUUAAAACUAUGCUCGGUGGCAUCUCUCUCCAAUGUAGCAUUGCUAUUUCGGAAUCCUGAUUGCUGGGUUGCUUGCUGAGCUAGGGCACAGGUGUUUGUUUUCUGGUGCUUACCAGAUAGAGGUAAAUGUGAACUCACUAGAGGUUUGGCUAUAUAUCUAAUUUGAUACAGUUCAAACUACUGUAUUUUUUGUUUGUAUUCUUGCUCGAUAAAUGUUCACCUCUGCAACGGCAGACUCUUGCUUUAA